AAAGAAAGAAAGAAAGAAAGAAAAGAGAAGAAAAGAAAAACGAGAUUGGUGAGAGUGCUCUAGUUUUUUCUCUUUUCACCUCAUCUCGACCCGUCAUACUCUCUCUUCCACCUCUGUUUGUUUGCUGAAAACAAAAGUUGGAGCUGAACUAACUAAUGAUAGCUUGUAUAUCCUUAACUUGAUUUUGUCAUCUAACUAGUGUUUCUUUGAGCACUCGAAGUGAGCAGUUCAAACCUCCAAAGUCUCACCAUAUCAUAUACAACUCAGCCAUCCUGGUACCUUGGAUGCAGCGAGAUGCCGCGGAAUCAAAGUGAGCUUCUUAACUAAUGCUAAUGGCUCAGCAAGCUUGUGAACUCUCCGUCUUCCUUCAACAUGUCAGAAUUAAAGGAAGUCAAGCCGUUUUUAUACGGAUGAAGUCCCACUUACCCGAUUCGGCAAUUUUGACCACAUUUCAAGUCUGUUUCGUUCUUCUUCAUCCUGCUGGCUACCUGCUGGCACUCUCGUCUUCUGCGGAUUCUACCGUAAUAGAAACAAGGCCCAUAGAUGCAAGAUCUGCUCGGCAGGCCUUGAAAGAAUCAAACCCUUUGUUGCAAAUUGAUCAAGUCUCCAUCUAUAAAGAAUUGAUUCUCUUCAGCCUAUCGCCAAAAUGGAUUAUCUGUCCAGUAUAUGUCGACAUUUCACCGCUUUCAUUACCCUGCAGAAUAUACCCCGUCAAAACCAGAAGAGCACUGUCUGUGAAGCAAUACCCAGAAAUCGCCUUAUUCAUACGAUGCUAUCUCCUCCAAGUUCUUGCCGACCACGAUGUAACCGACACCCUUUCAAGGGUAAGGUAAAUAAGUAUCAAAGUCUCGUGCCAUUGACUCCAGAAACGCCUAGUGCUGGACGGAAGCGUAGGACCGUGCAGAAAGGGGAAUUCAGCCAAAAGAAUGGAAAGACUGCUAACUCAGAUGAUGGUGGUUCGUCUCUUGUCAAAAUUGAACGGCCUUCAAAACGAUUGAGGGUAUAUCUACGACCUCCUAAGUCUCCAUUACAGAAGGGUUUUUGCCCGUCUUCCGGCUAUGAUAGUGAACUAGAUGGCAGCACACUCAUUGAAGAUGGGCAGGGCAGCAAGGCCAAGGAAUCUAGUCUAAGCAGGGAUGAUUUUUCAACUUCUGCUUCUGAUACCUCCUCUGGAAAUGAGUGUGUUGAGUCUUCAGUGUCUCACGAGGACCAUCAACGGGUCUUUGGCGAGGCGACUGAAGUAGAAAAAGAUAAGACGGACACACCAGUGUUACAGACACCACGUUCCAAACAGCAUCGAAAAAGGAAUCCGUCUCGACGUUUAUGUAGUGCGGAAGUUUAUCGCCCAUCCCCCAAGAUUAUUGACAAGAAUCUUUUAAAGCAAAUUGUUCGCCGCGAUGCCCACGAAAGUGAUCUCAGUGAAGAAGAGAUAUAUGGUUCCAAAUAUUCAAUUAAAAGGGAGAUCAAGCGUGACUUAGACAUUGAGUUUUGCAUGGAGAAAGCAAGGAGAUGGGCUGCAGCAGUAGAAGGCCCGUCUGGAAAUUGGGCUGACGCAGAGAGAGAUCUGUAUUUCCGGUUGGCCAUGCGUGGGUUUGAGCCAGUAUUACCACACGGCUGGAAGAUGGAUUUCAUGACCCUACCGGGUUCGCUUUUUAAGCCUGCAAAUGAUCAUACUGCAUACAUAUCUAGCAGGAACGAGUUUCGAGGUAUGUACAGCCCGUCAGAAUACCACUAUAAUGACUGAUAAGAUUUUAGGUAUGAAAUUCUUUAACAAUCUUGUUACAUUGGGUGGACGUGUCAGGGACCGCAUCACUUGCCAUCUUCCCCCAGAGAAAGUGAUCAAGCAAUACUUGUGUACUUAUCUUCAGUGGACUCUACGUGACAUUGACAUGCAGAAGCGGCCGCGAUUUACACCCCCUUAUUCCGUAUAUACCCUCAAACCCAAUCAGACCACCAGAGAUGCAGUUAAUAUCAUGAACUCAAAACUUGUCGCCGUGGCUAAGGAUUAUCAAAACGCCUGGCGCCUGACCCCAAG